AUGUGUGGGAGUUGCUAUGCAUUUCCAACAGUGGAUUCCGUUGAAGGAAUCCAUUCAAUCGUAAAUGGCGAGCUAAUAGAAUUAUCACCAAAAGAAAUUAUCGACUGUGCUAAUGUGGGCGGAUGUAACGGAGGCUCACCUCAAGAUUCUUUCAAAUACAUCGCCAAUAAUGGAGGUCUAACUACCGAGAAGAACUACCCUUACAAACCUGUCGUUGAGACUUGCACAUUACAAAAGGCGAAAGAUAUCGCCGUAGAAAUUCAUGGAUAUCAAGACGUCCCUAGGGACGAAACUGAUGAGCAUCUAUUGAAAGCAGUUGCACACCAACCUGUAGCUGUUUCAACGUCAUGGGGAGAUAAUUUAGCGUUAUAUAAAGAGGGAAUUGUGCAAGGACCAUGCGACACGACAGUUUUGCAUUCAACGCUAGCAGUUGGAUAUGGUACAGACCCGGAUGGAACCAAGUACUGGAUAUUGAAGAACUCGUGGGGAGAAGAGUGGGGAGACAAAGGAUACUACAAACUCCACCGUGGAAUUCCUGACAAGAAGGGAAUGUGCGGCAUAGCACAAUUUGCUGCUUAUCCUGUCAUUGAAGCCGAUAGUGGAAUACAUGCCUCACCUGGUGCAGUUGUUAAGAGUAUUAAAGAUAAAGUUCUUAAGACUAUUAAAGAACUCUAA